AUAAAUAGUGUAGGAAGCUCGAAGCUGAUCAGAUACAAUCAUACAGAAUUUAAAAAAAAAAAUGGAAACCCCAGAAAGCCCUACACUCCUAAAAAACACUAGUUUUGCCCUCUCUUUCUCUUCUUCUUUCGGCUUGAGAUCAAAUUCAGACAGAAGAACAAAGCCCAUCAGUACACAAUCAAAACCCAUUUCACUUCACUUCUCUUCUCAACUAUUCUUUCAUUUCUCUCUUUCUUUCGAUAAUUAAUUUCUUUACUACAUACACAAAGAGGGAGACAUAGACAUAUAUUGUUUGUUUUGUGGCUUUUUUUUUCUUUUUGGUUGUAUCAAUCAUAUUUAAUUAAUUAAGAGAUAGUGGGGUUUUGGGUUUGAGGCAUUGAGUUUGUGAUUGUGGGCUGUGUUCAAAAGUGAGUGAAGAUGAGCGGAGGUGGGUCUAGGGUUUCAAUCCCGAGCAACACGAAGAAGAUGAUCGCAAACAUAAAAGAGAUCACAGGUAAUCACAGUGAAGAGGAUAUUCAUGCAAUGCUUAAAGAAUGCUUUAUGGAUCCCAAUGAAACUGCUCACAGGCUUCUCCUUCAGGAUACAUUUCAUGUGGUCAAAAGGAAACGUGACAAAAGGAAAGAGAAUGUGAACAGAGAGUCUGCAGAGUCUCGGUGGAGACCUGCCUUACAGGGCCAGGGAAAGGGUGGCCGGGCUAAUUUCUCGUCCCAUUACCCAUCACGUGACGCUGGUGGUGGCAAGAAAUUUGGUUCUGGAAGGAAAAAUGGAACCAGUCAACCUGCAGAAAAGGGUGUUGGCCCAACUCUUCCAACACCCCUGGAAGCAAAACAUAAAGAAACAACUCCAGCAGCAAGCUCUGUAUCUGCCAUGGCCAAGGGUCCCUGUCUUGUAGCUUCUGAAGGCACAAGUGUUCUGCACUCCUCUGAUUUACCAGCAGGAACUGGGAUAAAUCAACCUGAAGUGUUUUCAUCAGCUGCUGGCAUUAAUAAGUUGGGGAGAUCACCUUCCCCUGUUGAUUCAAACAAGACUUCCACCAUUGCAUUUGGCUCUGGGUCAACACAGGGGCAGCCUGCUCCAAUUUCCAGCCCAUUGUCUUCAUCAACCGUCUGUUUCUCAUCUUCAGAUCCUGUGUUGGUGCCAUCUAAUGAUAUACAGCUCCCUGGUGCAGUGGGUGCAAUUAAGCGUGAAGUGGGGAGUCAUCGAACUUCCAAUGAACCAAAUACUGCUGCAGAGAACAAGUUAAGUGCUGUGCCAUCUGAGAUUGGUAGCUCAUUUAUGCAAGGAAAGGUGCCAAGCAAAUCCCAUGGUAUUAUGAAGAAUCAGCUUACUGAGUCUUCCCAGCCCAUGUCUAUUGCUAUCCAUAGUUCCUCUUCAGUUAGUCGACCUCCAUCUAAUUACAAUAACAGGUCACAAGAGAUAAUAGGCCCUCAGAAAGGUGGUUCUAACAAGGAGUGGAAACCAAAGCCCACAAACCCCACUACUACUCAAGUACCUGGAGCGGCUGCCACAUCUGAAGUCACUAGUGUUUUAGUUGAAGCUAGUGCCCAACCACAGUCCGUGUCAAGUGUUCUGGAUUUAGAAGAAACAACAUCAAAACUGCAGAAAAAGCUGGGGGAGUUACAUCUUCCACAACGUCAGCAUGUUAUAAUUCCAAACCAUAUACAUGUUCCUGAAUCUGAAAGAACCAAAUUGAGCUUUGGAAGUUUUGACCCUAGUUUUGGGGUAACGACUAAUUAUGUCAGUGCUCAGGAGAGUGAGAACAGCUCCACACCUGUGUCUGAAGCUUCUCAGGUUGUUGAAGAAACUAUGAAGGAACAGACUGCAAGCAAUGAAAACACGUUGGCAACUGCUGAAAUAGGAGAUUAUCCUGAUCAUUCACAAUCACCUAAUCAUGUACCCGAAAAUUUGUCGGCUGAUAGUGAUGUAUCAAACAGUGCAGUCCCAGAGUAUAAUGAAUCAAAGCAGGAGACAACUUUGCUUUCUGGAGGCCAACAAUACUCAGUGGUUCAUACUAAUCCCAACUCCAGUUUUGGUUUUGCGCCUCCCGUGUUAGGGAGUCAGUUUGCACCAUUUGAAAACUCUGAGUCUCAAGCUCGUGAUGUUUCUCGGCUUCCAAGCUUUGUACAACCAUUUGAUCCAGCAAGUUAUUAUGCUCAGUUCUACCGAUCAGGUGCUGAUAGUGACGGUCGUGUUUCCCCAUUUCCUCCGCCAGGUGUUGUCGGCAAAUACAAUGGGAACGUUUCGGUGUUGCCACCACAGACUACUCAGUCUCCACAAGAGAGUGGGAAUUCUUUAGUCCUGUCUGCACCAGGUCCAACUCCAUUGGCAACUCAAGCUGCUGGACUCACGCAGAGUUCUAUAGCUGUGACUCAGCAACCAGUUCCUGUUUUCCGUCCUCCAACUGGAGUGCAUAUAUCUUAUCCUCCAAACUACAUUCCAUAUGGCCACUAUUUCUCCCCAUUCUAUGUUCCACCUCCUACCAUCCAUCAGUUUUUAAACAAUGGUGCAUUUCCUCAGCAACCUCAAGCUGGCAGUGUCUAUCCAGCUCCACAAGCAGCAGCUACAACAGGUGCCAAAUUUUCACUUCUGCAGUACAAACCUGGAACAAAUACUGGUAACUCGAACCAUAUUGGAAUGCUAAGUGGCUAUGGACCAUAUGGGUCUUCCCCAGCUGGCUAUACUCCCAGUUCUGCUGCAACAGCUGGCAACUCUACUCCUAAUGAGGAGCUUGGUGCAUCCCAGUUCAAGGAAAACAAUGUCUACAUCACUGGACAACAGAGUGAAGGUUCUGCUGUGUGGAUAGCUGCACCAGGCCGAGAGAUAUCCAGCUUGCCAGGGAGUUCAUUUUACAACCUUCCUCAAGGUCAGCAUGUAACUUUAGCUCCAACACAGGCUGGUCAUGGCACCUUUGUGGGUAUCUAUCACCCUGCACAAACAGUAACAGCAGCAACAGUACAUCCACUUUUACAACAAUCUCAGACGAUGGCUGGAGCUGUUGAAAUGGGGGGACCAGCGGCCAGUGUUUAUCAGCAGCCACAGCAUGCACAGAUCAACUGGCCCAGUAGCUACUGAAACAGGGGUAGUUUUUUUCUUUUUGUUAGCAGGUAAAACAAGAGAUUAAAGUCCAAUCUUGGAAAUAUUCUUAGGAACUCCAACGAGUUCAGAUGGUGGAAAAUGAAGAAGAUACAACACUGGCUGGAUUUGAGAGUGUAAAAUUAAGAAAGGAGGCUGCAAAAUAUAUAUAUUUGCCAGUAGCAUCUUCUUGUUGGUUGGGUUGAGGACAUAACAGCUGCGGUUCUCCUGUAACUGAUGUCAACCAUUUUAAGUUAGUCAAGGUUGGCAUGUGCAGGUUUCUUGCUGCUGCUAUAUGAUGUUACCAAUUUUCCAUUUCAUAGUUUCAAUCUUUUUUCUUCACCUUUUGCUGUAACUUUCUGAACUCAAAAUUUACUGUUGUCCAUUAUUUUUCCCAUUUUAUAGGGCUCUGGAAGGUAAGAUAUAUAGGUUAGUGGAGAAAAUUUUCCGUUCCUCCUGUCUUGUGGUUCAGCUGUCUUACCUGUAAAGUGAAUUUUGAUAGCAUGAAAAUGAUGUACUGGACUCUUGUAAGUUGUAAUUGGUAAAGCGGAAGGCAACUUCUCUAUUGUUUCA